UGCUGUGAUAGGCUCCGGACCAGCGCCUCUCUGACUGGGACAACGGUCUCUGACAGUGGAUGAAUAUAGAGAGAAAGCGUGCUCUUUCACAAUGACGUAGUGGUUCGUGUGGCGCUCCUCCUGAGGAUGACACAAACACACACGCGCGCACACACUGACUCAGGAGUCAUCCCGUAGCCCGCGCGGGGCUCUGAGGACGAUGGUUCGGCGCCAUUCUUGCCGCGCGCGCUGAGGCGCUCCGCUCUCCAUGGGCUGCGGCGGGAGCCGCGCGGACGCCCUCGAGCCGCGCUACUACGAGAGCUGGACGCGCGAGACCGAGUCAACGUGGCUCACGAACACGGACGCCGAGAGCAGCGCGCCGCCGCCCGGCGCAGAGGACGGAGCUCCCGCUCGCGCCAACACAGCCAGGGUUCUGGAGGCCACCUCGUCCCACCGGGAGAAGAAGAUGGUGAACAUAGGGACGCAGUGCGGGAAGCAGCUCGGCUCCGGGGGAAAGCAUCAGAGAAGGCCCGGCGGCAGAGAGGAGCAGGUGAAGAAGAUGGCAACCAAGGAAGGGAGUGUUGCUAAAGUCACUCAGCUGGUGACCAGCGGGGAAGCCACACUGAGCCAUGUCAAGUAGACCCAGACGAUGUUACGGCGAUUAUGUUGCACUAAGUUGGGAGCAGAAGUGAUUCCAGUCAGACUGCUCUGAGGUGCGAGAACAGCAAAUUGCUGGGAGCUGAUGGGUUUUUUAGACCUAGCUGUGUCACUCGCAACAUUCACCCCGAUUCACUCUGUAGUGUCACAAGGGCCUCGGGUCACAGGCAUAACAGGAAAAAGAUGCAGUGCUGCAGAUGUAGUGUGAAUGCAGCCCAGUGUGGAUACACAAACAUGCAACAGAGCACAAGCUUAAAAGGUGCCCAUUACCUUUGCAACAGGUCCAGGUUAUCAUGAAAUAAGAACUUCAAAGCAGUUAUAAUUGGGUGUAGUAGUAUUAUACCAACAUACUGUAUAAACAGUAUAUGUUCAAAGGACUGGUGGUGAUUGUAAUAAGACAGUGCAAAGUCACUGGUCUGCACACUAUGUAUAGGUGUAAACUGAUACACAGCUGUUUUACCUAACGCCUAAACAGGAAAGAACAAAUAGUGCCCAUGUAUUAUAACAAUGACAUGUCACCAACAGUGUUAUAUCUAAUGUUCCUUAAAUACUGUGUUGUAAUUAAUAAACUGUUUUGAUUGUAAUAAAUGUUCUCAGGUAUAAACUUUUACUUGCUAUUUAAUUCUAAUGCCAUCAUGGAGAAGCUGACAGAAGUGAUAUUUCUUGUCAAGGGAAAAAAAGGUAUGCCUCACAAAAGAUUUGUUUUUCUUACAUGUGAAAAACAUGA